CGUGAAUGUCUUUCUAUUCAUCUGGGUCAAGCUGGCGUCCAGAUGGGCAAUGCCUGCUGGGAGUUGUACUGUCUCGAGCAUGGAAUUCAACCUGAUGGACAGAUGCCAUCUGACAAGACUAUCGGCACUGGUGAUGACUCCUUCAACACCUUCUUCAGCGAAACUGGCUCUGGCAAGCACGUCCCUCGUGCAGUCUUUGUCGACCUGGAGCCGACCGUUGUUGACGAGGUGCGAACUGGAACUUACCGACAGCUGUUUCACCCCGAGCAGCUGAUCACCGGCAAGGAAGAUGCUGCCAACAACUACGCUCGUGGUCACUACACCAUUGGAAAGGAGAUUGUUGACUUGGUAAGUUGCAAGAUUGGUAAACAAUUAUCUAAA